GUCAAGCAGUUUUUCUUUAAAUCUUUUUAAACAAACCCUAGCAUUGACUGGUUCUCUGUAAAUCUUUUUAAACAAACCCUAGCAUUCCUUCCAGUAAUUUCACAAUUUCGCUUCAUUUCCACAGCUCUGAACACGACGAAUUUCAUAUUCUUGGUGAUUGCUUCGACCUAUUGGAAGUUUAAGAUGUUGUGUUUGUAGAUGUUCACAUCUUGAAGACGACUCUUGUUGCCUAAAGGAGGUUUUCUCACCAACUUUAUCUGUUGCAAUCCUCAUUGUUGGUCUUUUUGAAUCUGGUUGAUGGGGACACUUCAGAUGAAUGAUACUGGUCCUGUGACCAAUGGACUGGUUUUAUUAGAUAAUCAUGUUCAAGAUAAGAGUAAGCAAAUUAGGGAUGGGGUCAUAGGCAAGCAACAUGCCCUUUCAGAGGAGGAUGAGUCAAGGCUUAAUGAUGAUCUGGAAGAUGUAAACGAUGGAAAGACCAAAGAAGUUCAAGUCCAGGCCAAUGGGCAGGCUAUCCAGCAUAGACCACAACAGCAGCCUCAUAGACCUCUGGUUUGCUGGGAGAGGUUUCUACCUCUAAGAUCUUUGAAGGUUCUACUGGUGGAAAAUGAUGACUCAACUUGCCAUGUUGUCUGUGCGUUACUUCGAAAAUGUGGCUAUGAGGUGACUGCUGUAUCAAAUGGUCUACAAGCUUGGAAGAUACUGGAAGACCUAACUAAUCAUAUCGAUCUGAUUUUAACUGAGGUGGUCAUGCCUUGUUUGUCAGGCAUUGGCCUUUUAGGCAAGAUAAUGAACCACAAAACUUGCAAGACUAUUCCAGUGAUUAUGAUGUCAUCUCAUGAUUCAAUGAGUAUAGUCUUUAAGUGUUUGUCCAAGGGUGCAGUUGACUUUUUAGUGAAGCCUAUCCGAAAGAAUGAGCUUAAAAACCUUUGGCAACAUGUUUGGAGGAAAUGCCACAGCUCUAGUGGUAGUGGAAGCGAAAGUGGCAUCCAAACUCAAAAGUCCACCAAAUCAAAAAGUGCUGAAGAGUCAGGCAACAAUAAUGGCAGCAAUGAUGAGGAUGACGUGGGAAGUGUUGGUUUGAAUGUUCGCAAUGGAAGUGAUAAUGGAAGUGGCACUCAGAGCUCCUGGACAAAGAGAGUGGUAGUAGUUGACAGUCCCUGCCCAGCAUCACCAUGUGAUCAGUUAGCUGAACUUGCUGAUAGCACCUGUGCCCAGGUUAUCCAUUCGAGGCCCAAAGCAUUCAAUAACAACUGGGCAGUGACUGCAACAAGGGACCAUGAAGGAAGGGUUGAUGAAUUUGACAAUGAUCUGAUGGGCAAGGACUUGGAGAUUGGUGCACCUAGAUGUACAAAUUUGCAGCUCGAAGUUCCAAGUGAAAAUAUAAUGACCAAUAUAGCAGGUGCUGCAAAAGAUAAAUUAUCUGCCAAAAACCCUGAGACGGAUGAUGAAAAACUAGACAAAGGAGAAUUGAAGCUCAACAGUGAGAAAGCAAGUGGUGAAUUGAGCAACCAAGCUGCUGAUCUCAUAGGUUCCAUCGCCAGUAAUGCUGAACCUCAGAUAGAAAGUGCAGUUUUUGACAUCCCAAGUGGUCUCUCCAAGGUCUCUGACGCAAGAGAUAAAGUCAUCUAUGAUGCUAAAGAAAUUCCUUCCCUUGAGCUGAGUUUAAAGAGGUUGAGAGAUGUUGGAGAUACUGGGACCCAUGUCAAUGAACGGAAUGUUUUGAGACAUACAGACCUUUCAGCCUUCUCUAGGUAUAAUUCUGGUUCAAACGCUAAUCAGGCUCCCACUGCGAACGUAGGUAGCUGUUCUCCACUUGAUAAUAGUUCAGAGGCAGCCAAAACAGAUUCAAUGAAGAAUUUUCAAUCUAAUUCUAAUAGCAUGCCCCCAAAUCAGGGUUCCAAUGGGAGUAGUAACAAUAAUGACGUGGGUUCAACCACGAAUAAUGCCUUCACUAAACCAAUGGUGUUCAGUGAUAAGCCAACACCUAAAUCUUCAAUCAAACCUUUUCAUCCCUCUUCUGCUUUCCAACCAAUGCAGAAUGGCCACAUCUCUGCCCCUCAGCCUAUAAUUCAAGGUGAGGGUGAUACUGCAAAACCUAACAUGAAUUUGGUUCAAGCAAGGGGUGUGAAUCAGCAGGUACAAGUGCAGCACCACCAUCACCAUUAUCAUCAUCACCACCAUCAUGUCCACAAAACUCCCAAGCAUCAGCAACCUGGUAACCAUGAUGAUAUCUCUUUGCAAAAUAUGGCAGCAACAGCAGCUCCCCAAUGUGGAUCGUCCAAUCUAUCGGGUGAACCCCAUCUGGAAGGCAAUUUUUACAGUUUGAAUGGAAGUGCCUCUGGAAGCGACCAUGGGAGCAAUGGACAGAAUGGAGGUGGUCCCACUAUAAACACUAGAAUGAUAAAUGCUGAAAUUGAAAAUGGAAUAUCUGAGAAAGGUGGAGCUGGUGGUGGAAUUGGAUUUAGGAGCGGGACUGGAGUUGAUCAAAACCGUUUCACACAAAGAGAAGCUGCUCUGAACAAAUUCCGCCAGAAAAGAAAAGAAAGAUGCUUCAUGAAGAAGGUUCGAUAUUACAGUAGGAAGAAACUGGCUGAACAGAGACCACGUGUACGCGGACAGUUUGUGCGACAGGUGCCUGGUAACAAUGACAGGGACACACAUUGCUGACCCCUACCUGUUCUUGCAUUCAUAUGGAAUUCUUUAAAUCAGACAGGAGGCGAGCAUUCAGAUGCCACUCUGCAGAAUGGUAUAUACAUCUAUAGUGGUAAAGAGUUAGUUAUGACCAAAGACUGAAUUUGUUAUUUAAGUAUGGAACUGUAUUGUAUUAACCAUAUCGGUACUCCUCCUACUUCUAUUUAUUACUAGUCUACCACGACUAGUCCUGCAGAGAAGUAACCCCCGACACUCUAACAGGGUCUCCUUAUCCUCCUCCAAUAAACUACCUAUGCUGCACUUUGUUGUUUGUUAAAAGACUUCCGCAAGUGUGUUCUUAAUAAAGCAUGUGUUUAUUC